AUGUCAACAGAUUACAACUACGACGAGCAGGGCCAAUUCUUUCCUUACUUCAUUCUCACCAUCUCCGCCCUCGUCACCCUUCCCCUGUCAUACUCCCUCCUCAAGCCGGACAAAGACAUAGAGGAAACUGCCCCUAGAAUCAAGUCCAACUUCAAGCCUGCAGAUGACGCUCUUAUUCAAGGGCAGAAAAGGAAGCAAUGGCGGCGAGAGAGGAGGCUGAAGAGGAUUACAACAGUGGCUAUGGGCUACUUGACAAUGGCGUGGAUGAUGUACCUGAUCAUGAUUACAAAGACAACUGCGCCAAAAAUUUGGGACCCCUAUAGUAUACUGGAUAUUUCAAGAUCAUCAAGCGAGGCACAGAUCAAGAAACGAUAUCGAGAUCUGUCGAGGGUUUACCAUCCAGACAAGGCGGUGAUUGACGAGUCCAAGAACCAGACUGCCGAGGAUGUCAACGAUUACUGGGUUGAAGUGUCCAAAGCUUUCAAAGCUCUGACUGACGAGGAAAUCCGCAACAACUACAUACAGUACGGCCAUCCAGAUGGAAAACAAAGCUUCAGUAUUGGAAUCGCUCUACCAAUGUUCAUCGUCACAGAUGGAAACGGAAAAUACGUGCUACUGGUAUACGGUUUGCUUCUGGGAGUUCUGUUGCCGUAUAUCGUGGGGAAGUGGUGGUACGGGACACAGCGUGUGACUAAAGAGAACGUUCUCCUCGCCAGUGCGGGCAAUCUGUUCAAGGAAUACAGGGAAGAUCUCGCAGAUGGAGACGUCGUCAAUGCGUUGAGUUGCGGCGAGGAGUAUAAGGAAGUUCUAAGUGGCAAUAAGAUGGACUCAGGCUUGGGCAAGAUCGAGAAGAGCAUCGCGCGGGAAAACGGUCCUGAUCCCUCAGUAUCAGGACUCACGCCUAGAGAUCAAGAGAAGCUUCAAGGCUACGAAGGCGCUCGCAGGAAAGCCUCUGCUCUCGUCUGGGCCUAUCUCGGAAGGGUAAGGCUGGAUGGGUCGUCACUUGAUGAUGAGAAAUACGAAGCUGCACCUCUCGCUUUAAAACUGAAUGAGGCUUUCACUGCCAUCACUCUCGCGUUCGGCAGCGUCCCACAACUGCUCUCCACUUAUCGCGUAUCACAACACCUCAUUCAAGCCGUUCCUCCAAACGCCUCGCCCCUCCUCCAGCUCCCACAUGUCACACCUGAAAUCGCCCGAAGGAUCGAAGUACGGUUGUCAAGAGAGCAUUUGACCGUCCAACAAUUCAUGUCAUUGCCAGAAUACAAGCGGCGCAAGCUUGCUACUGACCAACCUGGGGUUCUGACGCCGGCUCAAUACAAUGAUGCUGUUGCUGUGGCUCGCCAAUUUCCUCGACUCAAUGUUGAAAAGGUAUUCUUUAAAGUCAUGGGUGAACGAUUCGUCACCACCGGCUCGCUCGUCCAAUUCGUCGUCAAAGCUCGCGUGAUCCCUCCCGGCAUAGCCAACGUUCCUGAAGUGAACGAACUAGACCUUGAGGAUAUCGAUCCAGACGAGGAUGAUCUCGAUGCGCUUCUUGGUCGCAAACCAUCUGGGAAGGGUAGGAAGGCGAGACUGCGUGAGGGUGAUGCAGCUCCGUCAUCGGACGUAGAAAAGCCACUGCAACCGCCGCUGGCAUAUGCACCUUACUUCCCUCGUGAUCACUCGCCACGCUGGCACGUCUUUCUCGCAGACAGCAAGAUGGGCAAGGUCGCCGUGCCACCCUUCACAAUGACCACCUUCAAUAAAGCCUUGCUCGAUGACCAAGGCAAUCCAACAUUCAACAUGCAGACUUUCAAGAUGCAAUUUCAAGCCCCGCCGCAUGCGGGGAAGUAUCCGUUCGUGAUGCAUUUGGUCUGUGAUAGCUAUAUCGGGAUGGACAGCAAGAGAGAGGUCGUGCUCGAAGUGGAAGACAGCGCAAAGGCUGUCGCAAUGGACAAUGAAGAGGAUGAGAUCAGUGAGCCUGAAGAGGAUUCACUAGCAGGUCAAAUGAAUGCCCUCAAGACCGGCGGCGUCUCCGGCCUUGCUGCACCGCCGAAACGACCAAAGAAACACACAGCUACCGCUGAAUCGAGUGACGAGGAAAGUGACACUGAGGGCGAAGCCGAGGACACGAGCGAAACGGACACUGAUACUGAAAGUGAGGAUGAAAAGACGUGA